CACCGGAGCGAAGAAAUGUAUCUAAAAGCUCCGUUUUGGAGCAAAGAUUCGAACUCUGAAUCUCAGACGGAAUCUCCGUCGGCGGUGGCGGAGCUAAUAAGCUCUCUUGAACGGCAGAGACUAUACAGGGAGGUGACGCUCGCACUCCGCACAGGACUCAGUGAUGCACGUGCUGAGUUCUCCUUCCUCCGUAUUCGUGGCCUCCGCGUCAUCCUCAAGUUCCUCCGAUCCGUGGCCGAGUCCGAUACUACCAUCAACCUCUUCUGUCACAGCCAAUCCAUUCCCGAUCUUCAAGUGGUUCCAGUUCUUUUCAAACAUUCCUUGAGAGAUACAGAGGACCAGAAUGUUACCAGUCUAGACCACAUAUUUACUGUGGAACCUAUGGAAAUAACCAGCCCAUCAACUGAUUCUGAAGUUUCUCUAGCACUUAGAGUUCUGGAAGGUUGUUGUCUGAUUCACUGCGAGAGUAAUGUUUUGGCCCAUCAGUACAAGGCAAUCCCGGUGUUGAUGAACAUAUUGUCGACUCGAGGGGUACUGGGACAAGGAGCAUGCUUGGAUGCUUUAAUUGCUAUAAUGCUGGAUUCAUCUGCCAAUCAGGCGGAUUUUGAGGCUUGCAAUGGCAUUGAGGAAGUUGCCAUACUGAUUAGAGACAAACAAGUAGAUGAAAAAUUGAGGCUUAAGUGUGGAGAAUUUCUACUGCUUCUCAUUGGACAUGUAAACGGGAGAGAGAGGUCUCCCAUGGCAACAAUUCAUGAAGACAUAAGGCGAUUUCUAGGUGAGAAAUCUGCAUCAUUGAUAUGGGCAGCUAGUCAAUUUGGUUCAACCCUUGAUCCAGAACAGAGAUUGACAGCUUUGCAAAUUCAAGGCCGUAGAGUACUGGAGUCAAUAGACCUUUAUUGACCAUAAAGUUUCAGCAAUAUUUGUCCCUGUGUGAUGUCCAGAAGCUUCAGAGAAGU